GCUGGAUCAGCAAGUGAGAGCAGCUAGAGAGGGAGCCACAGCACAGUGAAAGAGUGUGUGUGUAUGAGCCUGCCUGCCUGCCUGCCUUCCUGCUUGCUUGCCUGACUGACUGUGUGUGUGUGUGAGAGAGAGAGAGAGGGAGAGGGAGAGUCAGGGAGCUUGUGGAUACUACUCCACCAGACUGCAUGUCUCUGGCAUCACUAGGGGAGCAGUCCACACAUUACAGAGACAGCCUAUUCCAGGCCUAGCUGAGAAUCUCUAUCAUGGCGUCCAACAACACAGCAAGCAUCGCCCAGGCCAGGAAACUGGUAGAGCAGCUGAAGAUGGAGGCCAACAUUGACAGGAUAAAGGUGUCCAAAGCAGCAGCAGACUUAAUGUCGUACUGCGAAGCCCAUGCCAAAGAGGACCCGCUCCUGUCGCCGGUGCCCGCAUCCGAAAACCCUUUUAGGGAGAAGAAGUUCUUCUGUGCCAUCCUGUAAACGGGGUGUGGUUUAUUUGGUCUGACAGGAAGUCUGCUCAUCUUGGGACAUUGAACGAGGACGUUCAAUAUGUAGACAUCUUCUAACAGAAGGGCAUGGAGGAGUAGUACUGUCUCUUUCUCUACAAUGGAAGCUAAAGCAGGCAUUUAAAAACCACAGAGUAAGACGUAACCAUUUACAGCGGUCUGAUCUGACCUGAUCUGAGGACAGUUUUUGAGGGCUGUGCAGCAUGUUUGAUGGAUCCAUCCGUGUAGUCAGAGGACAACCGAAGAUAGUAUGGUUAUCCACCCAGAAACAUGAUGGACAACCAAUCAACCAAGUCUUCAGGUUGUGUUUAAAAUAAAAUUAAAAUAAUGAAGGAAAAAAAUAAACAAAAAAAAUGUUGUGGUUCUUUUGGAACAUGAAAUCCAAGUGUUACCUUAAAUGGUGGGUUGGGUAGAUGAGCUGCUUACCACCAGAUACUAACGCCUGUUUAUCGGAAUGUUUUUAUUUUUGCUGUUGUUUAUUUUAUGCAGAUUUUGAUUCUGAGAUGAAUUGGUUUGGCUAUAUCACUUAGACAACUUUCUAUACUGUAUGUGAUUACUGAAACAGCUAUUUUAACUUUUUUUUUUUUUUUUACAUCGUUAGAAUUGGUGAAAGCUGUUUUAAUGGAAAGUUUGGACGUUCAAUUAAGUGAUAUUCUUUACAGACAUGUUUCUUUAAACUUCUUCUGAGAGAAGUAUACAACAUAUAUAUCUGGCAAUGUGGUACAGUAUGUGUUUCCUUCAGAUACAAGCUCUCUUUUUACUAUUUGUAUAAAAAUACUAGCAAGUAAACUGUGUUGUGCUGUGCGUUCUGAAUGUUUGUGUUUAUCAUUAAUAAUUGCAUGAAAUUAACUAUUUUUUAAUUUUAUUUUUAAUGUGGGGAUUGUAUGAACGAGGCAGCCUCCAUCUGGCAGUGCCAACUGUAUUAAAAAGAUAACAAUGA